AGCUGCGUCCCCACAGUGCCUGGCCGGGUCCUUGGGGAGUCUCUGCCCACCAUGGAGCUCCUGCCACUGCUGCUGGUGCUGCUGGCUGUCACCCCGGCCACUGGCAUCCAGGAGGUGGCACUGGACAUGGCCCCCAACGCCUUCGAUGACCAGUACCAGGACUGCAGCAAUGAAAUGGUGGAGGAGCUGCUGGCGCUCAACCGCUCUGAGUUUGCCCUGAACAGCAAUUACUCCAAGGCCUGGGACGAUGCCACAGUCAAAUGGCGCAGACACCCAUCCCUGGGGUCACUGCGUUGGAAGGAAGAGGCCAUCGCCCUCAUGGCAUAUACACUGGAGACAGCUCUGUACAAGGACUUCAACAGGGCUGUGCCCGUGGCCGGGCGCUCCCGCCAGGAAUACCUGGACAACUUCCCCUUCAAGGUGGUGCAUUUCCUGCUGACCGAGGCCCUGGAUGACCUGCGGGAUGCCCAGACCCACCCUCGCUGCCUCCACGUGUACAGGGGGGUCCGAGGUGUCCGGUUCACUGCCCAGCCCGGGGAUAUCGUCCGCUUUGGCCAGUUCACCUCCGCUUCCCAGAGCAAAGAUGUGGCCGAGACGUUCGGCACCGACACCUUCUUCGAGCUGGACACCUGCCAUGGCGCUGCCAUCCGGGACUUCUCCUUCAUGCCCUGGGAGGAGGAAGUCCUCAUCCCGCCCUUCGAGACCUUUAAUGUCACCAGUGUCACCCGCCAAGGGGCCAAAACCCGCAUCCAGCUCCGCCCCCACGGCGUGUACAGCAAAUACGACUGCGCGUGGCUCCGAGGCAGCAGCACCCACAGGGAACCCCCAAGCCUCACUGCGCUCCUCCUGGCAGCCCUGGCCCUGGCAGUGGCCACUGGCACCCCCUGAGCCACGAGGACACCGCUGUCACCUCUGCCACCGUGUCCGGCCAAGACGAGGGGUCAGGAACGGAGCCACCGGUGUCACCAGGACAGCAGGACGGGCUGGGGGGCACGGGGACCCCCCGCUGCAGGGGGACACUGGAUGAGCCCAGCAGACGCCCUCCCUGAGCCAUGGCUGGGGUGUUGGGGUGCACCUGAGGGGGGUCAUGGUGGGGGGUAAAAGGAGGAUUUGCUUCUCUUUUGGGCUUUUUUUCUCCCUUCUAAUAUUUUAACUUUUCUUUGCAAUU